GCCAGGACUGAGUAGGAAGCCUCUCCAGUGGAGAGAGCAAACAUGUGCUGUAAUCCUUCCUGGUAACACACAGCAGCCUGUGAUUCUUUCUUUCUCUCUCUGUGUUUGUGUGUGUGUGUGCUGAGGAGUGAAGUCAGUCUUCAUCAGCGGAAUAGUAUAUGCACAAAUUGAUAAAACCUCAAACAAGGCUGGCUGGAGGAAUAAACAGGAUUCUGGAGUGAUAAAAUUCUUGAGUCAAAACUGAGCAGGGGAGGAGGAACAGCAACAAAUUAAGCAUGGAGAAAUCAGAAGAGACUUUUUAGCAGCUGGAUGAGUUGCUCGCUUUGUUCCACGAAGCCAAGUUGCUGAGUAUCUCCCAGUUAAUAUUAAAUGACAAAUUGUGAGAGCGGCGUUGUCCUGGAAAUGCCUGGGUUGUGCCUUUAAGACUGUCUUGCGGGUGCCCUGCACGUGGCAGGAUAUUAUUUUUUUUCGGGGGGGGGGGGCGUGUAAUGGAGAAAUCACAUUGAAUUUAUUUUUCUGGGUCAUGCCUUUGGCACCUUCUUUAUUUCUCUCUCUUUAUUUCAAUGAGACAAAGCUACUUCAGUGUGGAGCACAAACAUAUGAUCAGCACAUGGAAAUGUGGUAAUCUGGAUGCAUUCAUGAUUGCGACCGACUGAAGGAAUUAGACUAAAAGCAUUUUUGAAGAGGCGGAAAAACCAAGAGAAAGGCACAGCAGGGAGAGUGUGGUUAAGUACAAUUUGGGACACACGGAUGCUAAGUAUAUCUUGUAGUAAUGGAGAGGGACCGGAUUACAGCUUUGAAGAGAUCCUUUGAGGUCGAGGAAGUUGAUCAGUCACCAAAUUCCUCCACACCACAAAGACGGACACCCAACCCCCUUGUUAGGUCCACAGUGUCUAGCUCCACACAGAAAUUCCAGGAUCUUGGCACUAGAAAUUCAGAAACCCCUUCCAGACAUGUGGAGUCUCCUGCACAAAGGUCACCCAAGUCUUCUCUGAGGAGAGUUGAGCUCUCUGGACCAAAACAUCCUGAGCCAGUGUCCAGAAGAACAGAAAUCUCCAUUGAUAUCUCAUCCAAGCAAGUGGAGAACUCCACUUCAGGAACCUCAAGAUUUGGCCUCAAGAGAGCAGAUGUGUUGGGGCACAAGCCCCCUGAGACCGCUCCCAGAAGGACUGAGAUCAAUAUAGGCAAGCCCCAGGAUCAAGUUCUUCGCAGAAUGGAAGCCCCCUCAAAAAUCCCUGAACCAACACAGCGGAGAGUUGAAGCCACUAGUCCACCAGUGCCUGAUGUUGCUACCAAACGUGUGGAAAUCCAGGUAGCAAAAUCUUCAGAGGCUCCAGUACCACCAGUCAGGCAGACUGAAAAUCUGGAGCUUUUCUCAACCAAUCAGCAGCUGCCACCAGAACCAAAGGCACAGUCAGCUAUGGCUGAAAUUCCACCCAAAAGCCAAGAAGCAGGUUCAGAGGCAGUUCCGAGCUACCCAAGCAGCAUGGCAGAUGUCACUCGAGAUGCUGGCCUCAAGCAAGCGGCACCAGCACGGACAGAGAAACCAGCUGCUGACUUUGGCUAUGUUGGGAUAGAUGCCAUCCUUGAGCAAAUGCGGAGGAAAGCCAUGAAGCAAGGGUUUGAAUUCAACAUCAUGGUAGUCGGUCAAAGUGGCCUGGGAAAAUCUACUCUAAUCAACACCCUCUUCAAAUCCAAAAUCAGCCGCAAAUCUGUGCAGCCAAGUUCUGAAGAGCGGAUCCCCAAGACAAUUGAAAUCAAGUCCAUCACACAUGAUAUUGAAGAAAAAGGUGUUCGUAUGAAGCUCACUGUCAUUGACACCCCAGGAUUUGGAGACCACAUCAACAAUGAGAACUGUUGGCAACCAAUUAUGAAGUUCAUCAAUGAUCAGUAUGAGAAGUACCUCCAGGAAGAGCUCAAUAUUAACAGGAAGAAGCGGAUACCAGACAGCAGGAUCCAUUGCUGUAUAUACUUCAUUCCUGCCACUGGCCACUCCCUUCGGCCGCUGGACAUUGAAUUCAUGAGACGCCUCAGCAAAGUGGUCAACAUUGUGCCUGUCAUCGCCAAAGCCGACACGUUAACGCUGGAGGAGAGGGACUACUUCAAACAAAGGAUCACAGCAGAUCUCCUUGCCAAUGGCAUUGAUGUGUAUCCUCAGAAACAGUUUGAUGAGGAUUCUGAAGACCGGCUAAUAAAUGAGAAAUUUAGAGAGAUGAUUCCAUUUGCUGUGGUGGGCAGUGACCAGGAAUAUCAGAUUAACGGAAGGCGGAUUCUGGGUAGGAAAACAAAGUGGGGCACAAUUGAAGUUGAGAAUACGACGCAUUGUGAGUUUGCCUACUUGCGGGAUCUUCUCAUCAGGACACACAUGCAAAACAUCAAGGACAUUACCAGCAGCAUCCAUUUUGAAGCCUACAGAGUCAAACGCUUGAAUGAAGGCCAGAAUAUGCUCUCCAAUGGUGUGGCCGACAAGGAGGAGUUGGCGGCCAAUGAAAUGUAACACCCAUGCCCUAGCCAGGGCCCAAGUUGUGCGCUCUUUUCCUGUCCUUUCCCUUUCUUUUUUCUUAAAAAAAAAUGUAAACCCUCUGCUGGUCCCCCCCCUCUCUGCCGUCGAUACCCAUGCUGCUGACAUUUAACUGACCAAAUAACCAUACUUUCUGUAAUCAAUGUAGUGUCUCACUCUUGGCCAGUCUCUGUGGUGUGAAGCCUCUAACCUGUCCUUCCAUGUAGGCAUUUGGAUGUAGUAAAUAAGUGAUCAGACAAGUGAGGAGAGACGGGGUUGAACGUAAUCUCAACAGGAGAAGUUUUGCUUCAAGUUUAACAUUAGUUGGGAUCACCUUUUGAUACAUUCAAUUAUGUGAUAGGUUAGCAUUUCUUCCUUGCAGCUCGUUGAAGGAACUCUCAUUGAUUGUAGUAGCCUCGUGCUCUUGAGGCAGAAGAUGAAAGUGUUUGUUAGAAAGCAGAGACUUGCAUUUCCCUUUUUAUCAAAUCAUGAAUAAACUGCAGUUUCAUGGACAUUGCCCUGGUACUGAAGACUAGUGGGGUCAGCAGAUAUCUUUGCUUGUCCCCUUGUAUUGCACAAUGAAAUAAGGCUAGUAAGUAUGUGCUGUGGCUGCUUUAAAGAGAUAAGUGGAUGUCACUCAUUAAAUUCCUUAUCCUAUCUACCCAGCCUCACCCACAGGAAAGCACCUGCUUGUUGGGCAGUCCUGAAGGGAUGAGGCUGCCUUCUUUAACAACUCUCUUUCUACAGGCUUGUUAAGGCUUUGUUGGAUGCUAGACAUGAAGUGCCAUGGUAUCUUCUUCACUAUGUGGAAGGAAGAGGCAGAGUCGGAGAGGGGCCCAUGUCUGCCGCCUUUGUUUCAGUGAUUCAGGUCUCCGGAAAUCUUUCUGAGCCGCUCAAUUAACCUAGUGCCAAAGGCUUACUGUUUUGUAGGCUGUGGAUAGAGGGUGGGAAAUGUUUGUAGGACUUCUUUCUUUCUUUUUUUAUUCCAUCCAUUUCAGGUAUAGAUUUUUAUGACUAGAUGUGGCUUUUGAAAGUGAGAAUAGAAUGAGAGAGAGAGAGAGAGAAUGACUCAAGUUAUGAUCCUAUGGCACAAUUCCACUAGGCAUUAUGCACAAGUUCUACAUACCUAAUUCUUCCUUUCCCUUAAAAAGCCAGCAAUAACAGAGAGGCAGCCUGCUGACUGGAGGCUUGUUGUGGGGUAAGCAUGGCCAUUGUAAUAUAGGCAAGUUGCUCUUGACAAGGGCAGGUCAGCUUGAUUCUAAGGAGGAAGGGAGUCCCUCACCCCAUCUCCCUGACCUUCAGAGCUGUAAUCCCAAAUCCUCCUGCCCUCUUUCAGAAGUACAUAUGGCCCAGUAUACAUGUGGCUCAUAUAUUUGUUCAAGUCUUUACUGUCUGCUUGCCUAUAUCAGAGGCUGAAACAGCUUCUGCAGAGCCAAUGGAGAAGACUUCAGUCCUUAACAUUGUUGUUAACCUUUUUGUUGUUUAAACUUCCGUAGAGUCUGGAUAGGCUAAUUCUUCUCAUUGUGCAAUUCCUACGCAUGCAGCUCUCCUACUGUGGCUAAACUUCCUAGGGUGUGUGUGGGUGUGGGUGGGUGUAGGCAUGCUGUACAUGUUCAUCUCCAUGUGAAAAGCCAUAUCCUAUGUGGAAGGCCAAGAUCAGUUUCUUACACACAUUCUGCAAUGUAUAUUUCUUGGUUUAAAAGCACAGCUUAAUCAAGAGUGCCUCUUUCCACUGUCCAUCUAUGGAACAUCUUUCCACAGGCUCUCUGUACGUAAGGAUGGUUGGGGUAGCAUCACAAGGAGGUUGUUUGCCAUUUUCCAUAUCACCUUCUAACAUUAAAACUGAUAUGCAUGCAGAUUAAUCAAAGGGUUAUUUUAACAUGAAUUUAAUGCAGAGUUUGACUGUCCAAUCUGUCUCACUGCAGAGGUAGGAUGAUCACAUUCCAGAUGGGGCAGAAUUUCUGUCCCUUUCCUCCGAAGCAGCCAGAAGUAGCACAGGUGCAGUCUACCAAAUGUAGGAUUUCCCCCCCUCCACCUAUGGAAAAAAUUGACUGAAGUCCUGUUUGAGAUGGUGAUCUGAUCAAGAAAGCUUUCUCUCCUUCAGAAGUCAAUGCUAAAUACCAAUCUCCAUAGAACCUCCUUCUCUUGUGCCAUAUGCUGCCUCAGAAACAACUCCUAUUGUGAAAGCAGAAAACUCUGUCCAGGUUUCCCUUGUGGGGAGUCUCUCCCCCCCCCUCCCGCUUCUUUCUUUUUCUGAUUUUCAGCUUUUAUAAAAGACAGACCUUGAGUUCUCAUCUUGCUGAUACAGUCACGCCAAUGUGACCCUCUCUUGGCUGGUAAACAUACCAAAGGGGAACGUUUCACACCCAAAUGUGUUGUGGUAAGAAGUCAGUAGACAACUACUUCCUCUUGCAGGUCUUCAUAACAAAAGCAUAUGAACUGAUCUCUGUCAAAACUUUCUAUAACCUUAUUUGCUGUGUUUAUACUGCCCCCCACCCCCAUACAAACCUGAUGUAUCUUGGGUUUUCAUAAAACUGGGUUUUCAUAAAACUGCCUGAUGUCUCUUGGGUUUUCAUAAACCCAAGAUACAUCAGGCAGUUUUGUUACUCAAUUAUUGCCCCCCAUGAAUACAUCUUCAAACAUUCUUUGCUCAGAGGUUCUGAUAAUUUUGUGCUUCAAGGGCUAAACUGCCCUUUAACUCUUGUGUUGUCCCUCCCAUAUUGAAAAUGUAGGAAUCUUUAUUGAGUUGCGUUAAGCUGAGGAAAAUUAUUUUUUUUAACUUGCUGACUUGCUAUAUUUUAGCAAAAUAAAUUGUGCUAACUAAAUUUAUAUAUAUAUCUCAAGUGUUAAUAAGACUAUGAAAAGGGUAACCGAGUCUCUCUCUCUCUCUCUCUCUCUCUCCUCUGUUUGCCAGUAUCUCAGCCAGUGAAAGCAAGACGAAAAUGCUUUCUCCUUUUAUAUUGUACUUUGAGGGGAAUGGAAGGCUGUACCAAAUAAACCAAAAAAAUUCAUUUGAAUCUGUUAAAAAAAAAAAAUAGCCUUUUGAGGGUUGUAUGCAUUACCACAAAUUUAGUCCUGUUUUGUAUAAAUAAUAGUGUUUCAUAUGUAUUUCCCAAAAAUAAAUGUUUCAAUGUC